UGGUUGCCUGUGGGCCGCGCUAUAGAGGCGUGUUGUUGCUGCACUGUUAUGUAGGCAGGCUGAGGUCACCAGCAGGCAGGGGAAAGAGAAAGCACUGAUUGCAGCAAAGGCUGACUUGCCCAAACUUGCCCGGCUGCCGACCUUUCCGCUGCCAAUACCGACGGCGGACCCCCCCACCCUUCCCCGGAGUCUAGUGACACAUCACAGACCAGUCAAUCUUAUGUUGAGACUCUCCUCUGGAUAUCAUGCCCCCGAAGCGCAAGGCCCCUGCCCAAACCCAGACAGCAGUCAAGGGCAAGAAGGUAAAAAAGGAGCCUGAGCCAGAAGAAGACAGCUUCCGUUCCACCGUGGAAGCACUGAAGGCAGCUCCCAAGGAGAAGCUGAAAGCUAAAAUCGAUGUUUCCUGCUACCUAUGUAAAGCCAGUGACGCCAAGGUCUAUGAGGACUAUGAUUGCAUGCUGAACCAAACCAACAUAGGCCACAACAACAACAAAUUUUACAUUAUCCAACUCAUAGAGCAUAAUGGGAGUUACAGCUGUUGGAACCGUUGGGGUCGGGUGGGUGAGUCAGGACAGUCAAAACUCAGCAGCUUUCCUUCCUUGGAAGCUGCCAAGAAGGACUUUGAGAAGAAAUUUCGAGAUAAGACGAAGAAUGGUUGGGCUGACAGAGAGAACUUUGUAGCCCACCCUGGCAAGUACACCUUGAUCGAAGUACAACAAGGAGAGGAAGAGGAACAAGAGGUGACAGUGAAGGUGGAUGCUGUAGAUGGACUGAAGCAAAAGGUACAACCCUGCAGGCUAAACAAGGCUACCCAGGAACUGGUCUCACUCAUCUUCAGCAAUGACAUGUUUAAAGAAGCCAUGCAGACCAUGAAUUUAGAUGUGAAGAAGAUGCCCCUGGGGAAGCUGAGCAAGCAGCAGAUUGCCAAAGGCUUUGAAGCCCUGGAGGCCCUUGAGGCAGCCAUGCAGAAGCAGCCGCCAUCUCGGAAGGAGCUGGAGGAGUGUUCCUCUCGUUUCUACACCAUCAUCCCACACAACUUUGGCCGUUCUCGGCCUCCAUCCAUCACCACCCCGGAGGUUAUCCAAGCCAAGAAGGACAUGCUGCUGGUGCUGGCAGAUAUUGAACUGGCCCAGAGCUUACAGGCCCAGAAGAAGAAGGAUGAUGAAAAGGAAGAGGAGAUGAAGGUGGAGGAAGUGCCCCAUCCGCUGGACAAGGACUAUGGACUGUUGAAGUGUGAGCUCUCCCUGGUGGAUCCAUCAGCAGAGGAUUAUAAGCUGAUUGUAACCUAUGUACAGAAUACUGGUUGCACAUACCGGAAACUCAAGGUCCUAAAUAUCUGGAAAGUUAACAGAGAUGGUGAGGCCAGUCGUUUUGUGACUCACAACCAGUUGGAGAACCGGCGCUUGCUGUGGCAUGGCACCAAUGUGGCUGUCAUUGCUGCCAUCCUGAAGAGUGGCUUGCGUAUCAUGCCACACUCUGGUGGACGUGUGGGAAAGGGCCUGUACUUCGCUUCUGAAAAUAGCAAAUCAGCAUGUUAUGUGGGCACCACCUCCAAGCAGGUGGGGAUAAUGUUUCUGAAUGAGGUGGCCCUGGGUAAGGAGCAUCGCAUCACCCGUGAUGAUUGUUCACUUUGCAAGCCCCCGAAUGGCUAUGACAGUGUCUUGGCCUGUGGAGUGACUGAGCCAGACCCUGCCUAUGAUAAAGAGAUUAUUCUGGAUGGGAAAAGCGUCAAGGUAGCACAAGGAAAACCUAUUGCUCUGACUGAGUAUCAGAGCUCUAGCUUCAGCCAAAGUGAAUAUCUGAUCUACCAGGAGAGUCAGUGCCGCAUCCGCUACCUCAUCCAGCUCCAGUUCUGAGAUGCAUUCUAAAGCUGCUGACAUCUGAGAACUACCUAUAUACACUGAGGAAAACCUCCCCUUUCUAGCACCAAAGAGGGGUGUGAGAUCAACUGCAACUGUGCUCUGAGAGUCUUGGCAGUAUUUCCCUGCUCUCAGUAAUCCUGGGUCACCACUGGCCUGCAGGGAGAGAAGCAGAGAAAGAGAAAAACUGCUGUCCAUCUUUUGAGUCUGUGCAGAACCGCAUAACACAGACGACUUGCAUUUUGGCAAUUUGCUGCUUCAUGCUUGCUGGCAAGGAGGAAACUAUAUUGGCCAGAAUCUUAGCCCUUAAAAUACCAUGGCAACGGGUCCUUGGGCAUACCCUAUUUCUUGAGGCACUUUGGUCCUGUCAGUACUUUAAAUAAACAAAUGAAUGUAUGUUAAGCCCACCCAGAUUAUUCCUUUUUCCUCUUGGUUUCUGCACAUGAUCAUGUUUUGCAAUAUUAAAUAUAGAUUACACUUGACGUUACAGUGGUCCUCUUUGUAAGGUAUAAAGAGACUAAUUGCCUGAGGAAAGAUUUUGCCCAAAAGGUGCAGAUUCUCAUGAAUAAAUACAUGUAAAAUA